AUGUGGAUGGAUUCAUCUCUAAGAUGGGGUACACACAUAAAUGAAAUUUGUGAAAAAAGCUACAAAUUAUUGAACAUUCUAAAGGUGCUUGCAGGAAGCUCAUGGGGGGUUCAUCCAAUACAUCUGCGUAAACUUUACAUUUCGCUCAUUAGAAGCCGUAUAGAUUAUGCUAGCUUUCUGUAUGCAACUGGCGCCAAAACUCAUCUUAAUAAAUUAAACAUUGUACAGAAUAAGGCUUUAAGAAUAUGUGGCAGCUUUAUUAAAAGCACUCCCAUUCAUGUAAUGGAGACCGAACUUGCUCUCCCUCCCCUGUUUGUGCGUAGGCAUUGGCUGGGGUACAAAUUUUGGUUGAGAGUGGCUUCUGUCUCCAAUAACCAAACCAUGCAAUCGGUAGUGAACUUAUCGUCAAAUAACUGUAACUAUUGGUAUAGUAAAACAAAGCCUAUCUUAAUUGAUGUACACAAUAGCCUUAAAGAGGAGGAUAUCCACAGAAGUCCUUUACUUGACAUGUAUAGUUUAAAUAGCUGGGUUACAUCCAUUGAUGUGAAGUCCUGUUUGUGUUUAAAUGUUAAAGAUGUCAACAAUGCAAAACGUAAUAUUAAUGGUUCUGUUUUGAAAUGUCUCACUACGUAUAUGUUAAAGACGGACUAUGAGGAAUUUCAUAAAAUAUAUACAGAUGGAUCAAAAGAUUCUCGAGGUGUAGGGGCGGCACUAUUUGAUUCGAAGUUUGGAAAAACUAUGUUUUGGAAACUUAAUAAAAAUAUCUGUAUAAUGAGAGCUGAAUUGAUAGCAAUUACUAAAGCAUUGGCAUACGCUGUCACCUUAAAUAUACAAAAAAUUGUUAUACUGACUGAUUCAAAGAGUGCCCUCCACCAUUUGGCUCGGUGUGUCUCGGGUACACGAGGUAUGCCGAUAGCCUAUGAGGUCUUAAAGCUGGUAUGUAUAUUACAACAAAGAAAUGUAGCCGUAAAACUUCAAUGGAUACCAUCACAUAUAGGAGUGCCAGGGAAUGAAACAGUAGAUCAGGCAGCCAAACAGGCUAUUGAGGAUGGAACAGAAAUUGUUUGUAACCCUUAUGCAAAUGAAUUCAUUGGUAGAAUUAAGAGUGAUUGUGUCACGAAAUGGAGAAACCACUUUGAAAACUGUUCAGGUUCAAAGGGGAUAUGGUAUAAAACUAUACAGCAAAUGCCUUCAUUAAUACCCUGGUUUCAAACAACAAGUCUUUCAAGACCGUAUUUAGUGAUAGCGUUCAGGAUGCGAUCUGGUCAUGUUCCACUCAACAAAUUUUAUCAUCUUAUAGGAAUGAAACAAUCACCAAAUUGUAUGUAUUGUGACAAAGUGGAAGAUCUUCUACAUUUGCUGGUGGAAUGUGGCCGGAAUUGUAACCUGAAACAGCGGAUUCUGGGCGAUAUGCCAUUAUAUAACGGUAAUGUCAAUGUAAUACUGAGUCAACCUGGCAGUCGCAAUGCAAGACGGCUAUAUCUGUGGGUAAAGGUGUCCCUGACGGACUGA